CUACAAGAAACAAACAGUUCUGUUUCAUCUAGACGAGCACCUCGAACCCUGGUACAUGCGCCUGGACAAGACCGGCAUGGUCCCCAUACUUGUUCACGAGGGCAAAGUCAUCAGCGACUCCACACGUAUUGUGGACUACCUGGACACGGUGUUUCACGACAGGGGACCUAGACUUGCUCCCCCAUUGGACACGGACCUCGGUCGAAGGGUACGUCACUUCCGGGACCUGUUGGACGUGCUUCCGGUGGAGCUGUACACAUACGGGACCUUGUAUCACCCAGACCUGACUAAAGAUUCUAUGCUUCCCGAAAUAAUCCGUAGGGAAGGUCGCAAAGCUCUUGGCCCGUCCGCCGCCCAACGCUUACGGGACCUGGCCGCCAUGCACCCUGACCUAGCGGAGGCGUACAUCAGGAAGGCCGACAGGGUAGCGGAGAGGAGACGGAAAAGGGAAGACCGAGGUCUGAUCGAAAGAAUCCUAGACGAGCUUGAGGUGGUCUUAGACGAAGUGGAGAAGGAGCUGGAAGAAAGGAAGAAGGACAAGGAAGCUUCCGGACAGCAGCAGUGGCUGUGUGGCGAGUCUUUCACAGCUGCUGACGUCACGCUAUCCUGCCUCCUCCACCGGCUCAAGUUCGUGGGGCUGACCCACCGGUCCACACAGAAGCGCCCCCUGUUGGAGGCCUACUACCUGCAGGCACAGCAGUUUGCCCCCUUCAAAGCUGAGGUUAUGUACACCAAUAACCUACCGUACGUGAUCGUGAGAAACCUCCCCCGGUUGAUCUAUAAGUCGGCCGGCCCGAAGCUUGUAGUGUGGGCGGCAAUGAUGGUAGCAGUAGCCGCUGUUGCAGCUAUGGUGCUCAAAUAUUAAGAUGCCCAAUGCAGUUUUAGGGCUUGAAAAGCAGAGUUUUCAAAGUCAAUAUUUCCAGUUUUGCUGCCCUGAAAUUGCAUUAGAUAUCUUUCACAUAACAUGUGCCUUGUGUCAAGUUGUGAAGUUGUAUUGCGUUCUAUUGCAUUGUAUUGAGGUUUUGCACCCUUCGAGCACAAUUUAAAGGAAGAAAUAGUUACCGACUUGUAACUCUUACACGCUUUCUGACAGUCAACUUCUUUAAAGUUUGAAGUGACCCUUUACGGCUCAUUUCUCCAUCAACUUCUUUAAGGUAUCCCUUUAAGUUUCCUUAAGAGUAGACGUUUUGGUCAUUGUAACAAUUAUGAAUAUUUUUUUGUAAACAUUUCAAGCUUGUAUGCUCCUAGAUAUAGCAAACAAAGAACAAUAUCGGGCCAGCUUUCUUUCUUUAGAGGGAAAGGUAAUAAUAAUUGAAACAAAUAGAAUGAAAAUAAAACAAGUUGU